AUGAAUUUGCCGGACUUGCUGAAGCCGGCACAGGACGGGUAUCAGAUGUACAUGAGGGGGAGGCGAUACGUCGAUAGCCCGACUUGCUCCGUCCCAAGCCCAUUAGAAUCGGUGGAUUACUAUCUCGCCGACGGGAAAUGCCACAGGGCGAACUCCGGCGUAAUUUGGUUUACCGCCAAUUGCACUACUGGCAUUUUCACCCAGUACACCGAUCAGAAUUGCCUGACGACCCCGAACGCCACGUCCUUCCGGGGUGACUCCCAGUGCAUUGAACAGUACAUCGUCAAUGGAACAACCAGACAGUUUAGCGUGUUUGACGUGGGCUGUCUCGACGGCGGUGCUUUGAUGGGGAUGGUUCCACAGCCCAUGUCAAAGCAAUCAACGUCAUCCAUUCCUUCCGCGACCUCGUCGACCAUGCCCUCCUCCGGGACCUCGAACGCGGACGAUGCUGCUGCAGAAAUCCAAGGAGUGGGGGACCCGGAUAGUGGCAACACUUGGAAAAUCGCUGUCGGAGUCGUCAUUCCAAUUGUUGUCCUCGGCCUAGCCCUCGCCUACUUCGUCUACCGCCGCCACACCCGCCCGCAAUCCACAAAAGCCACAACCCUCCCGUCUGUCGUGCAGGCUUCCACCUACGGCCCCCCAUCCGUCUCACCGGUCGCCUCAGUCAUCCCUGCGGAGAGGUAUGCCCAUUCCUACGCGCCAACCGAUACCGUCCACAGCACCGCCGUGCACACCGAGUCCCAGAUGAGCAGGAGCGCCGCCUCCCCCAGCCGCGUCGGCUCCCCGGACGGCAGCACCUACUCCUACGUCUCCUCGCCACCCACGCGCCAUCCCUCUCUCUACGCGCGCAACCCGACCCUGGACGCGCCACCCCAAUACGACACCCUCCCCGCGCGCACGCCCGCGGAACCCUUGCAGGAGAUUGCCGUCCCGUCGCACAUGACCGGGGACAAGAUGAGUUGA